CGAGCGCGCGCGAGCAGGCACGUGGGGCCCUUUCGUCCCCGGUGCCCGGGCGCCCCGCGCCAGCCCCCACCCCUGCCCCGGUACCCCAGCGGCGGCUUGUGUGGAGAAAGACCGAAACCCACCCCUGCCGCCCCCCAAGUUGCGGCUCUGCUGAUGAUUUCUGGGAAGUGCUGGAAACAUGGCCGUAGAAAAAGAAUGGCGUCCAUUUACAUAAUGCUUUGUUUGCAUUUUGCAAGUUUUUUUCGGUUGAACCUGCAGAAACCCCUCCUAGUGUCGUUUUAGUCGUGGCAGUCUUGUCAGACAUUUAAGACAAUGGUGUGCCGAGUAGUGCUGUGUGUGUGUGGGGGGGUUCUUCCGAUUUUCCGUACACCGUUUAAGCUCCCGCUUCUGCCUUUUCCCCCGUUUCCCCGCUUGGUGCAGACGCCGCGCCCCGCUCUCUCCGGGGGCGGCCCCUCUCGGGCCCCGCCAUCUUGGAAGGCCUUUCUUGCCGGUUCGCCACAGCACGUUCCUCUCACUAAAGAAAGGUCGCUUGCGUGGCUUGUGUACGUUUAUUUCUAUCCCUUUCUCUUUACUUCGGCUAAGCCAGACAGUAAAGGCACACAGACAGAUGUGUGCGCAACGUGCUUCAGGAUCCCUCAGGGAAAGCGGCUAACGUGGCGGUCCCUCCGCCCCCCUUUCUUCCCCACGGGGUGGCCGCCAUGUUUCCAGAACACAAAAUGGCGACACGUGGCCUGGAUUCUUCGCCAACGAGAAACUGGGGUAGACCCGAAAGCUCCAGAAUGCUCCCAGCCCCCAUCCCGUGCUUCUUGGCUGGAGCCUUACCCUCGCAGCGAUUGCUCUGGCCACCCUGGUCCAAACCUCGGCUGCUGAAUUUUAAUGCAUUUCCUCCCAUUAAUUUAAAAUGGAAACGUUUAUAACUGUAAAAUGUAGGCAUAAUACUGAGUUGUUAGUUUUAAAUUUAAUGAGUAAUGGGGGGGGCAGUACCAGUGGAUAAUUUGGGCCCCCAGUACCGAAGCAUCUAGGAAUAGCUGCUUUAAGAAAUGAAAUGGGAAAUUACUGAUUUGCUAGACUUUUAGCACAGGAGAGACCAAGAACUGGUCUUAUAAAAAAACUUAAAAAAAAAAGUUUCCGUGAAGCAAUUCAGAUACCAGUGACCUUUUUUGGAGGCCAGCUGGCUGGUGAACCUCAGUUUACCCACAACUGGUGUUAACUUUUAGUGUAGAGGAACAGAGACAGAUGUUAUUGUGCAUUUACCAGUGCCAGAUGCUGUGCUAGCAUUUUACUGCAUACUAUCUUGAAUUUUUACAAUGAUCUGAGGUAGGUGUUACCUCUCUCUCUUUUUUUUAACAGACGAAUUCACUUAGGCCCAGAGAGAUGAAGUGACUAAUUCAAGGUCACACAGUGUGGAGGAUGGAAUCCAGACCUUCUGAUUUCCUUAUUGACCUGCAGUAUCUUGUGGCUAUAUGAGUGAAUUCCACACCACCCAUUUUACAGAUGAAGCCACUGAGAUAUGGAACAAUUGACUAAACAGUCACUGCCCCACCCCUGGAGCCUCCUGCAUGACUCUUCUCCCAUUUGAAUGACUGCAGAUAGGCUCCACACCCAACAUGGGACUUGAACUCACUACCCUGAGUUCAAGAGUUGCAUGCUCUACCAACUGAGCCAGCCAGGCACUCCGUCCAGCACUCUUGUUUCUUACCAUUAUACUGUACCAUCAUCAUGGACUGAGGGAAGAGAUUGGGCAUGAACUGUAUUUUGUCCAACAUGAGAGGAAUGCUUUCCAUUAUCCCCCUGACAGAUGAUCACCCAAGGUCUUUUUGAAUGUUUCCAUUGCUGGGGAGCUCAUCACUUCUUGAGGAAUCCCAUUAUAUGUUGAGUAGCUCUCUUUGGUGAAAAGUGGUCUUGUCACUAUAAUAUGGUAGUUGAGAGUGUGACUCUGAUAGAUGUGAUGUGAUACGGUAUGUGACUCUGGAGCCAGCCUACGGGGGCCUGAAUUCUGACUCAGCCGUAACUGUGUGGCCUUGGAUGAGGAAGCCAAGGCACGGAGCUGUGAAGUACCCAGUCCAAGGUUCCCAUGGUGGCAGUCUAAGCUUGAUCUCCAGAUAUGCUCAUGACAGUUUAACCAAAGUGAGUACUGAUUACAGAGAUUAUGGACAACGAUGAAAAUUAACUUAUUGAAUUUGCAUAAAAAAUCCUGUGUCCUUCCCACAACGGUCUCUUAGGGCUCUUUCAUUCUAUAGGCUGGACUGCUUGGGUGACAGAUUCGCUUAAAUAUGAGAGCAAACCUGAUCACUCAGGAGGACAAGGAGGAGCUGAGUACCUGUUGUUAUGUAUUUACCAGCACACCACUGGGCAGAUUGCCUUAGGCUGAGGAAUGACCAGAGACCAGAUUGGACUCUUUGGAAAGAUUUCCAGAAGAGGGAGGGAAUCAUCAAUGGAAAGAAGCUUCCAUCAGUGGAGGGACUAGCGGCCGUAAAUAAAAAUGUUUGAAUGCCACUGUUCAGCAGCUACAGACGGAAUCACCAGGCCUGAUAUUCCAAGUCUGGAGGAGAGAGUGACCACUGAGGAAGAGCAGGGUAAAGAGAAUAUAUUCUCAGAAUGUAUAUGGAAGAAAAUUAAGAUCAUUAAUGAUCCUACCACCCCAAAUAAUAUAGGUUGAUUUCCAUGGGAUGAGUUGCCCAGUGCUCCUUGGACCACUGUCUUGCCCACCUUCCACACUCAUCUCUGGAUUCGGGACAUCUGUGUCUGAGCCUGUCUCCCCAGCUCACCUGAGCACUGUGUGAGGGUAGGGCCCCGCUGAUUCAUCUCAAUGUGAGGCACAGUUGGCCUCAAGAAAUAUGUAUGGAAUUGACUCAACCCACUUAUUUGGCAUUACCCAUUCCCAUCUGUGCUGCAGACUUGCCUUACACUAAUUUAUAGCCAGCAGCAUGGUGUCUGGCACACACUAGGUGCUCAAUAAAUGUUUGUUACUGCUACUCCCAAUAACUUGGGGAUUUCUGUACAUGUUAGGGCUCUGCUGUUUUUCCUCCUUCCCUUUCCCACCUCCCCCCACUUCUUCCAGAUGGUAAAGAAAUGACACCACUUUGACAUGCCAGAGGGAAAGUGCCCCAGCUUUGUCUCUGUCUUCUGUAAGUUAGGAGCAAAGCUAAGUUGGCAGUGGAUUCACAAGAAGCAGCUCCCUGCUCUGAGGCUAUUUUAUAUGUUUGCAUUGCUCACAAUACCAGUUAUCAUUAGCAGCAAUUAAAACUAUUUCAGGAUCAGUUCAAAGCUGCCUUUGAGGUAUUUUAAGUUGGACCAAAGUCUCCAUGUGUCUAGCUCUAAGCCAAGUUUCCUGGUGUCAUUAGAAGCCCACUUGUAUUUGGAGAAUACCCAAUCUGUAUAUUUUGAUUGCCUGAAUGUUUCAUAAAUUUCAGGGGUGUUUGCCAUAAGUGGGUCAGUGUCCCCAGAGCUGUUGAGACUGUCUUACAAGUCCCACUCCCACCCUCAAUUAAGUGAAGGGGACCAUGGAGAUGGGAGAGGAGGAGGGGAUCUGCCGGGCCCCUCUGGCCAGGCAGAACCCCUGGGCUCAGAGGGAGGGUAGCAGAAAUCAGAGCAGGAAGAGAUGAGGGCUUGGUCUAGGGUGGGGGCAUCAGGGCUUGGGAAGAAGGUGGGAACCCACUUGGAGGGCAGGCUGUGGGGAGGGGAGAAGGGAGGCCUUCAGAACACCUUAAGUGCUAUUCAUAUUUGCUUGAAAGAUAAACAUAGGGAAAGAACCACUUUUGGCCUAUUGAACUUGUAGGGAGUUAGUCAGUAAUGUGUUCUGACUCUUGGUUGGCCAUGGCCCUGACCCCAGGCCUGGAGGACUGGCAGUAGCACUGAGGCCUGAGAUCACUGUCCCCGAAACACUUCCAGGACCCUUUGGGACCCUCCAGGGCCACGAUUGGCACCAGGCAUCUUGCUGCCUGCUGACAGAGUAGGUUCAGCUGGUGGGCUGUGCUGGGCGGUUUUCUGGUAGAAGGGUUCUGAACUGAUGGUAAAGGAGGGUGAGGGCAAUCCAAAUGGGCAAAGAGAGGUUCUGGAAUAGUGGAGAACUAGGGAAGGGCCUCACGGGCAGAAGUGCCUGUUCGGUCAGGGCAGUGGCAGGGACCAAGAAGGAGGACCAGUUAAGGAAAAGCUAUCUCUGCUAAGUGUCUUUAGCCAUGACUGUUGUGAGGACUGGGUACUUCCUGCUUGGGAACAGCAGUGCUGGUAGUCUGAGGCUUUGUGGCUUGAGAAUAGGGAACCUGCUGGUGCCUUGGGUUUCCCCACACGUGUUGCUUUGGUCAGAGCCCACCAGCCCCACCUUGGUCUCUGAUCUGAAUCCAUAAUUAGAUUUUUGUGCAGGAUUCACCUCUUUGCCCUUCUUUUCAGCUUGAAGACCCAAUGCCAGGCCCCACUGAAGCAGAACGUCAGAACCAGCUGUGGCUCCUGCUCCUAGGAGCUGUACCAUCAACCCUACACACCCAUGCACCCGCACCAGCCCCGGGACGGGGCCUCAGCACAGGCAGUGGGGGAUUGCGCAGGAGGGGGGCCGGCAGUGAGGGCCUUGCUCAUGGUGGUGAGUGCCCAGAGAGGGGAGGAGGGGAGGCCCCUGUGUCCUUGGCCCCGCACAGUCGAGGGGAGAUGGCAGGAUGACCCACUUUCAGAGCGGCAUGGCUGUGACUGGGAUUGCUUCACAUGGUCAGUCUGCAUAUACAUGUCCAUCUUAAAUUCUUCAAAACGGGCUGUUAAACAUCUGUAUCCUGUUUUCAUUAGCUUGUAAGCCAUGGUGAUGGGGACCUGCCUAGUUCUCUGAGCCAACAAGUGUGCCCAGAGGCUAAUAAACAGCAGGUGCCUCCAAUAAAUCUGAUUUUAAUACUCAGUGUAAAUGUGUGUGCAAAUACAUCUGAGAAAUGAAAGGUGGGAGCUGAAUUCUAUAUGCAAGUUACACAAUUUCAUAGCCAUUUUGAACGGAGAACUGUAGUGUGACUGUGCAUGGGUGGUGUAGGGUUUACAUGUACAGGAGGUGUGUGCAGCGUGCAGGGAGGACGGCCUCUAUGAGUGCGGUGUGAAGGGGUACGUGCGUGUGUGGAUGGGGAUGGGGGUGUGGAAGAGAAGUCCCCAUCAAACCAGGUGGAGACACCAGCUAUGUACUUUAUAGGGCCUGGGUCAGAAUGAAAGCAUGGGACCCCUCGUUCAUAUUUAUUGGGAAUUUCAAGAUAGUGCAGCGCCAAAGCCAGGUUGGCCUUUCUGAGCGCAGAGCCCCACGUGACGUCAUACGCUAAACACCCACGGAGCCUGCCCAGGCUGGAGAGUGUGGACCUAUGGUCUCCCCUCAGCCUUCCCGUGCUGCCCUGGUAAAUCCUUGAAUCCCUUUGCUCUCUCCCCAUCCAGGUCUCAGGGUGACCCUGAUUUGGAGGAUGGGGGUGCUAGCCAGAGGCAGCCUGGAGAGGAGCUGCAACUGGUGGCGUGUGCAUCUCCUAAUCCUCCUUACAUUUCAGUUGGAACCUCAUCACGGGCACCAUAAGGCCUGGAGGAAGGCCGGCUGGUUGGCCUCACGGGUUUCCGUGGUGCCGCGGAGGUGGUGGAUGUGAAAUGGCUUUGCCAAUGGGAACACCAAACCCAAGCAAGUGCCACAGCCCAAGUCUCAGGGACAACCUAUCUCUAGUCCGGAGCAAUGGGAGGAGACGGAGUUAUAAAUGAACCAGCACACCACACUGCAACAUGUGCUCAGCCGGGAGUGGGCACAUGUGUGAGAUGCAGAGGAGAAGGCUCCAUAGAGGGGAUGACAUUUGAAGGAGGUCAUGAAAUCAGUCAGACAACCUGCGCCGGGCCCCUUCCACCUGCCCCAGAAGGGCAGCAAACAACACUCAGAGAGGCCUUGUUCUCCAGCGUGAUUGCGCCCACACUGCUCUGUGGUUUGCUCUACUUGGCGUGGGUUGCUGCUGCAGUUCCAGAGGAGGGCAGAGGGAUGGCGGGGAGUGGAGCCAGGAGCCAGGAGGGCCGUCGGGAGCAUGCAUUGAUCCCGGAGCCCUUUGAUGGGAUGAAUGUAGCCCCAUACCUCUGGCUGCACCGCUUUGAAGUCAUCAACGAUCUCAACCACUGGGACCAUGCCACCAAACUAAGGUUCCUGAAAGAGUCCCUCAGGGGAGAUGCCCUGGAGCUCUACAGUAGACUCAGCCCCAAGGACCAGGAAGACUAUGGGACUGUGAGAGAGACCCUCCUGCAGGCCUUCGGGGGGCCCGAGGCCGCCCCCAGCCACCUGCCCAAGGAGAUCGUCUUUGCCAACAGCAUGGGUAAGGGCUACUACCUCAAGGGGAAAAUUGGCAAAGUGCCCGUGAGGUUCCUGGUGGACUCCGGGGCCCAGGUCUCUGUGGUCCACCCCGGCUUGUGGGAGGAGGUCACGGAUGGUGACUUGGACACCCUGCGGCCCUUUGAGAAUGUGGUAAAAGUGGCCAAUGGGGCUGAAAUGAAGAUCCUGGGCAUCUGGGAUACAGUGGUGUCCCUGGGUAAGCUGAAGCUGAAGGCAGAGUUCCUAGUGGCCAAUGCCAGUGCUGAAGAAGCCAUCAUUGGUACUGACGUGCUCCAGGACCACAAUGCCGUCCUGGACUUCGAGCAUCGCACGUGCACCCUGAAGGGGAAGAAGUUCCGCCUCCUGCCUGUUGGAGGGUCCCUGGAAGAUGAGUUCGACCUGGAGCUCAUAGAGGAGGAGCCCUCCUUGGGAGUGGGGGAACAGGAGCUCUCCUACUGAGAAGCCCCCUUUUCUUUACCCCCCAAACAUGGUGGGAAGACCCACCACAGUGGAGGGGAAGGGCAAAUAUCCUCAGGGAUCACUGGGUUUUGCCACCUCUCUGGAACCAACUCUUGCCUCCUUCUCUCCCUCUUCUCUGCAGGGGCCUUCCUCUGUCCCUGGUCAGGGAGGCUGCCAUCUGAAAAGGCACAGGUGAGGGAGAAUAGGCUGGCUAUCUCAGAGGAAGGGAGAGUCCUCAUGGGUGGUCAAGCUGCUAUUGGUGGCAAAGAUUUAAGGCUGGAAGGUUCUGAGAAGGCUAGAAAUGGCUGUCUUUCAGAGAGGACUGAGGUACCUCUUCAGAUCCCCUGAGAUCUGGCUCAGUCACCUCCAUGCAGUCCUUCUCAGUUGGGCUGGGUCCUGCCUGCAGGGUCCUCACAAGCAAGACCCACUCUUGCAGGUGAGGGUCAGAGCUGCUCUGGAGUCUUCCCUGUUGGGUCUUCCCACCUCCCUGUAUGAUGUAGUUUCCUUCUGUCAUUUGCUUUGAAACUCAUUGAGCCUUAUGCCAAUAAUUCAUUCUUCAAAAACCAAUAAAAACUGACUCAUGGAAAAACCA